UUCAUCGUCAGAUCAAAUAACUACAAAGAUGGAGAACAUGAAGAUGGCUGAGCCUAAUGAUAGCACGAUUUAUCCAAAAAAGGAACACUGUCACUCAUUCUCCUUCAGUUGCCCAGCUCGUAAAAUAACCAAAGAGGAAAUCACCUGCACCAACCCUGGAACAAUAUUGAGAGCUCUUGGAACUAAUGACACAUUCGAGGAGUUAAACCAAAUGGACAGGAACACACCGAAAGAGAAAGACAUUGUCAUCAGCAGUUCUCACGGGUACAUAGUGAAGCACUUUCCAUGUUGGCUGAUCAAAGAGGAUGACCAUCUCACUAUUAAGAUGGUCACACAUGCCACAGAUGAACCUGCAGGGGUCACGGAUCAGGAAACAGACAAUUAUGUCACUUUCUCUGUUGAGACAACGGGAGGGAAAAACAGCAAAUCAAAACAAAUACUUGGAAACAGCCAACUGGAGUCCUACAGACCUCUAUGUGUCUAUGCAAAACAGGAGGAGGAAGUGAAGAAGGCUCUACGAAAUGAUGGACGCUUCUCAAACAUUGUGUUUGAACAGAAAUGCCAGCUCUCUGAGCGAUCAACAGGAAGCAAGGUUUCAAUGGGGCAAAUUGCAAAAAAACUUAAUGGUAGAAACUUUGAAAUCUGUCUGACAAAGCAUAAGGAGAAAACGGCAAUUAAGAUGGAAACAUCUGACUCCACAAUAAAAACAAAAAACAUUGUAACCACGCAAACAUCUCUGUUCAACCCAAGCCCUGACUCUGAAGGAGACGGCACACAGAUGUCUCCAUCGACGCUAACAACACAAACAUCAGAUGUAGGGGAGUCCUCUUCGAGAAGAAAGCAGAAACGAAAAUGCAUUCCCGUGCCAAAACAUGGUGAAAUAUUGACGAUCCUUCGCAACCAGUUUGAAGAUCUGGUGAAGCAGAUGGAAAGUAGGAGGGAGGACAGCCAACAGAAGACAUUUCCUGAAGAGUUGGAUCUCAUGAAGCAGGAAUUCGGGAAAAUCAGACAAAAGUUCUCUGAGGUUCACAGAGUGAAGAAAUUGAUUAAACUUGGUGCCUCCGUUUGUCAGGUGAUUGUUGAAGGUGUUCAGGGUGUUCUGGGGACAGGCUUCGUGCUGUUUGACAACUACAUCCUAACAAAUGCACAUUUGUUUGGUGAAAAUGUAAGAGAAAACAUACAGUUGUUAGUCGAUGUAUCUGUAAAGUUCAACUAUGAAAAUCCAAAUGGAUCCGAUGUGGACGUAUUCAGAGCAAAAACCCUGCUGAUCGACUUUCAAUAUGAAGAUAAGGGAAAACAUCAUACAGACUAUGCCAUACUGGAGCUGGAUCCUCAGAAUAAGAAACAACGGCAAAAGGUUCCUCCUGGUCUCCUCCGUGAAUAUGGCCCAGUCCCAGCAUGCGGUGGGGCCUGCCUCAUUGGACACCCAGGUGGACUGGUGAAACAAAUGGAACCCACCUCCAUCAUUGGCAGUGAGAUAAGAGAGGAGGCUGCGAAUAAAUAUAAACGGGAAAAGGGACAUGCAAUCUUCACAAUAAACGAUGCCCUUGAAAAAGAGAAAAAGCGUUACGAGGAAGUGAUGCAGGAGAACAAGGACGACUUUGUGACCUACAACACCUCCUUCUUCCAUGGAUCUUCUGGCUCGCCAGUCUUCGAUGACCUUGGUCGAGUGUUUGGCAUACAUACUGGUGGCUUUGAAUAUGAGGAUAAGCGCACUCAGAGCAAACAGAGUGUGUUAGAGUACGCCCUCCCUCUGCUCCCCAUAUUACGGAACUUUGUCAUCCGUUUGGAGGAGGACAACAAUCAGGCAGUUUUGAAAAGAGUUAAGGAAGAGGUACAGGAAAACGUCUUCCUGAAUGAGGCUCUUUUCACGACAGAUGGUGAUGAGCCUAUGGAUAUGUCGUAGGAGAUUGUUGCAAAUACAGCUAAUUCAAUGCCACCCAGUGGUUGUCCUGGGAACAACACAACAAUGCCACCCAGUGGUUCUCUUUGCAAAUACUGUAACGUUAGUAUUUAUGUUCAACCAUUCCACUAGUGCCUUUUGGGCAUUUUUAGGAUAUUGAUAGAUUACUUGUCCGAGGUCAAAGGUACAUGUUUAAAAAAAAUAAAAUGUUUUGUUUUAUCUCAUGCACCUUUGUUUUCUGUAAUUCUCAUCACUGGUUCCUUAUGAUGUAUUCUGCAUUUCUGUGAAGCAUGGUUUCUUUUGAAAAAUAUACUUUGGUCUCAGUGGGCCUUCUCUGCAAAAAUAAACAUUUAAUAGAUUAAGACAUCUACCUAGAUCAGAUUGCAACUAUCUAAAUAUUGUUUUAUUGUGUUCUACAUUUUGAUUACUUGUCUUUUUCUUUAACUUGUUGAAUAGAGUAAUGUGGAAUAGAAUCAUGUUGAAUAGAAUCGUGUUGAAUAGAAUCAUGUUGAAUAGAAUCAUGUUGAAUAGAAUCAUGUUGAAUAGAAUC